AUGCUCUUUGUAUCCUGCCCUUAUGUGUCAUUAGAGUCACUCAACAGUCUCGGCUUUCGAACUGUCAAAGAGGCUCGGGCUGAGUUUUAUUCAAGGGCCAAGACUUUGUUUGACCUCCAAACAGACCUAGAUGAUCAAGCCCGAUCACAAGGAGCCUUGAUGCUAACGUACCGCACAUUGGAGUUCAAUGAUAGAAGUGCCACAUUCUGGCUUAGCGUUUCCAUACAUUAUGCCAAGAAUAUUGAAGCUUACUGCUACAAUGAGAAACCGGACCAGUCAGAGCGUAUAUAUCUCAAGCGCCUGUGGUGGUGUUGCGUCCUUCGGGAUAAAGUCCUGGCUUUGGCCCUUCGCCAAGCACCAUUGAUAAGUCCUGAAGCGUUUGACUUCAGCCAUGGGGGGUUCGUGUUUGGCGAUUUUGCUCACGAGGUCGGAUCUUCAAGGCCUCAUUCAGCUACGGGUCGCAAGAAGAGCCAGCUGCGGCCAGAUCAGAUCAAAGCUCUGCUAUCAAAACUGGAUAACUGGUACCAGAAUACUUAUGUGGAAUUCCGCACCGCAUCAAUCUCUACGGACGCACAUGAUUCCAUCAUUCUGUUUUCUAAUGUAGUCUAUACCUACUACUACAUCACUGAAACCCUGAUGGAGUUGGAUAACUCUGGUCUGGUCAAGUAUCUGCCAAUAACCUUCAUCAGCUUCGCAGCGACGCCAUUCGUGUGGGAUCUAUUGCAGGCCCGGAUGCUCAACUCUGAUGACAGGGCACAGGGUUUACAAAAAGACUUGAAGGCCCAUCUUGACGUGAUGGGUGGUUUUAAUGACCUCUAUGAGAAUGCGGAAAGCACAGUCAAAUGCAUCAAACAUAUUGUGGAACACGUUAAGACCAAAGAAUCCUUACCACAACGAAAGGACUUUGUUCAGGGGCCUCCACAGACUGGCCUCAAUAGCCCAACUCAAUCUCGAGAUAGAGGCAUAAUUACUUGGAAAGACUUCAUACUUGAAGAUCCCCAGACCUAUUUACGGAUCGUCUUGACGGUGGAAUACUCUCUUGCUCACGGACAUUGUCCGUCCGAAGCUGAUUUCCCCAAAUCACUGCGCACGCCCCCCCACCCAGCGAUUAAUACCUCCGGUUGGGAAACGCUGGGAUCCUCAGUUGAUGCAAAUUGGUUUAGCGAGGCUUUUGAUGAUAUUAUAAUCAACUAUAGUGAUACUGAUGCUUAA